CAGUUAGUGUGUGAGCGGCGACCGCGUGCUCCGUUCCGUCAUCAUGAAGCGUCUUCUGUGUUUGUGUUUGCUAUCUCUGAUAACCCUUACUUCGGCUCAGGAGAAAAGUCUCGAGAACUACCUACAUGAUGGCAACAAUAAAUUCACCGCAAAACUGUUCUACGAAAUAGCGAAGUCAAACCCAAAUGAAAAUGUAGUUCUCUCCGCUUACUCUGUAAUGACUCCGCUCGCGCAGCUCGCCCUAGCCUCAGUCGGAGAAUCCCACGAUGAACUGCUCGAUGCAAUCGGAAUGCCUAAUGACAACAUAACUAAAGCUGCAUUUUCAUCUGUGAACUCUAAACUUCGGUCAACAAAAGGAGUUACGCUGAAUACUGCUAGUAAAAUCUACGUGGCUGAUAAUUAUAAAAUAAAUGCGCAAUUUGCUGCCGCCACCCGAGACACAUUUGGUUCAGAAAUCCAGAACAUUAACUUUAAGCUGCAAAAAGAAGCCGCUGAUGAAGUCAAUACAUGGGUUGAAAACCAAACUAAUAAUCGCAUCAAAGAUUUAGUAUCACCAGAUAGCUUAAACGGUGAUACUAGAGCGCUUUUAGUCAAUGCAAUUUACUUUAAGGGAACUUGGAAAAUUCCUUUUAACAAACUUGCAACUACAGACAAAGACUUUCAUGUCACCAAAGAAAUUGUGAAACAAGUUCCAACCAUGUAUAGUAAAGAUAAUUACAAAUAUACGGACAGUAAAGAACUUAAUGCUCAGGUUCUUGAAAUACCUUACGAAGGAGAAGAAUCGUCGUGUGUUUUUGUGCUACCUCACGAAAUAGACGGUAUUCAAGAAUUAGAAGAGAAACUUAAAGACCCAUCAAUACUCGACAAGGUCACUGAGAACAUGGAUGAGGUUGAAGUAGAAGUUUACCUUCCUAAGUUUAAAAUCGAAACAACAACUGAUUUGAAAGAAACUUUACCUAAGAUAGACGUCAAAAAGCUAUUUUCUCCACAAGAUGCUAGAUUAGAUAACCUGUUGGAAAAUGUUGGAAAUCUUUAUAUUGAUUCAGCUAUUCAAAAAGCAUUUAUUGAAGUCAAUGAGGAAGGUGCUGAAGCCACUGCAGCUAACGAAUUUGGCGUAGCGUAUAUAUCUGCAAUUAUCAAUCCGCAAAUCAAGAUCUUCAAGGCUGACCAUCCAUUUAUAUUUUACUUGUACAGCGGAAACAACAUCUUGUUUAGUGGCAUUUUCCGUCAAUAAAUUUUAUUAUGCAGGUAACAGCAAGCAAUAUAUAAAUAUAGCAGCACAUGAACAAUGUAAACAAUGAACAAAGAACAAGAAAACCAAGAAGAGUUAUUGUUGCUUAAGGAAUCUGAGUAGCUUCUAUCAUUUUUAUACUACUAUAUUCUACUAACUAUUUUUGUUUAUAAAUGUCCUGUAUCUGUAUUUUUCUCUCGUUAUAAAUAAAUAUUUGUAUUUAACAAA